AAUAUUGUUUGACCCCUUGCUUACUUACACAUUAUCACAUAUUUUCCCGCUAAAUCAAGCUGUGCUUUUUCUCUUCAGCAUUGAGUGUUAAGCGUAUCCUCACCGUGUUCACAUCGUUUGUUCAUAAUAAAUAUAAGUUGUUUAAAAUAAAAAUUAGAAACAAAACAAUGAUAUUUGAAGGCCGAUUUUUAUAAAGCGUCGCCAUCUGUAUGUCUGACCGGGGACAAAUUUUUACCAACGUGACAAAGAACAAGUAUACUUGGCACUCAUAACUCUAUUAUGCUACAUUUCUUUUUAUUUUAUUUUUCAGAUUAAAACUUCGAGAAAUUAUCAGUAUGAACAACAUUCAUCGGAAAUCCGAUUCAACGGUUGAAGCUUUUCUAAGCUGGGGUAGCAGUGAAAUUUUGACCAAUGAAAUCCUUCCGUAUAUCGCGCAUGAAAAUCAUAAAGCUAAAAUCAUUCUCAUUUCCUACUGUUUAACGUCUAACAGAAAGUCAGAGAUAUUCUAUAAAGCCUGGUAUGAAUACAAACUUCUAAAUGUAUUCAUUAUAAACUAUUUGAGCGAAUCUCGAAUACAGGCUUGUUUGUUUAACCCAUUUACCAAAAACCGAAAUGAAACGAAGAUUACAUCCACAGAUUUAUUUUGUACAAUACUUCGAAACAACGAGCAAGCGAAAAAUUAUAUUGGACAUUUCAACAAUUUCGUGCAAAAUCGAAUCACUAAUUUGAACGGUUACACUCUGACAAUCGCUAUGCAUGAGAGCGAAGGAUCGAUAUCGGCUUUUGACUGCAUUUUGGAUAAUAUCACCCUUUCGGAUAUUGAUACACAAAUUUUGACGAUUAUGAGAGAAAAGAUGAACUUCACCGUAUCUUUUGUGGAAUCCGAACUGGAACUGUCAAUGGGAUUUGUAUUUCCGAAUGGAUCGUUGGCCGGCAGCUUAGGACUUAUCGAAAAUAAUCAUGUUGAUUUGGCCGCCAAUUCGAGAAUAAUUUAUGACUAUGGUACAACCAAUCUUCUCUAUUUAGAUCACAUUGGAACGGAAAAGCUAAUUUUCCUCGUUCCUUCCAACUAUUUCGAAAAUCGCGAUAAACACAUAAUUUUUAUUAAUCCAUUCAGCAUAACAUAUAUAAUAGUAAAUUUCAUUCUGGCUGUUAUAAUUCCAUUAAUUUCUGUGUCGUUAGAAAAAAUCAACAACUAUCUAGGACCACUUGAAGAACAAACUAGUUUUGUUGGAAGUGCCCUUCAGACGCUUGGGAUCAUCUAUAGUAUAUCGUGGAAACUUCCCACUACUCCAAAAAAGCGAUGGAUCAUUUUCGGUUUGUUAGUUUACAACAUCGUAACGUAUGCCGUUUGGCAAGCAGUUACCAUUGGUUAUUUGAACUCAGACAAUCAAUACCUGAAUAAUAUUAACAGUUUAGAUGAGUUGUUGGAAACAAGUCUUACGUUAAAAGUAUCCAAAUACCACAAACAAAUGGUAACUCAUGCAAGUUCGAAUUCACAGAAUCCAAAUAAUCGAUUGCUUUCCGAACGUUUAACAACCGAGAAUACUGCUGCUAUUCGGACUGCCGUCGAGGAAAUCAUCACCCAUCGAAGGUCUGCGUUUCUUAUUUCCGGUGUCUACGUUCAGCUGAUUAAGUCUGGAAGCUACAAAUGGAUCGAUGGACAUAAUACUGGUAUAUACGCUAUUUCGACUCCGGUGUAUGAAUUUUAUAAAUCGAUGGUUGUGCCAAAAACAUCUCCCUUCGUGAGGUCUUUUAAUGACAUAAUUGCCCGGUGCGUCGAAAGUGGUUUCAUCGAAUAUCAAAAUCAGCAACUCGAAACAGUCGUGAAUGUGUUAGAAAUACGUCAUCAAUUAGAGGCAGAGGUAAGAAAUGAUAAGCACAUUUUCGAUAUGGCAAUCCUACAAAAAUUUUUUCUGUUAUAUCUGAUGCUAAUGGCACUAUCAAUUGUAGUGUUUAUUUUAGAGAUAGUAAUAAAACCAUGUAAUAGAUGCCGCAAAAAUAAAGUAGGGAAUUGUGGGCCAGAAUUUUACUACUAUAAUUAAACCACAUAUGGAAAAUUAUCUUACAAAAGCUUAA